AUGUCGCCCUUGGGCUCCGCUUCUGGCUUGCAGAGGCAGGGCAGGGGCGUUGGGCAGAAGAACAAUACAAUUGACAACUUGCUGCUGGGUUACCAUGUCCAAGACAGAGAUCUCAGAAAGAUCCACAAGGCUGCCUGCAUGGGCAACACAGCACAAGUGCAGCAGAUUCUGUUCUUGGGGGAAAAUGGCGUGGAUGAUAGAGACAAGAUGAACAGCAAUUACGAAAUAAUUUGCCGACAUAAAGAAGAAAUCAUGCUUAAAAAUUCUUUGCAAAACAGCAAUCCUGGAUCAGAUAAGAAUGCUGAGGAAGAUUCUAUGACCAGGCGUUCCGACACACCUGUUCCUGAUGAUUCAUGGUCUACAUCAGCUAGCCAAGACUUUGAUUUUGGUACCAAGCGUACGUCUGAGAAGCCCAACAAAUAUGUUCCUCAUGUCUCUGGAGCUGUGGAUCGGAAAGGGCAAAGUAUAUUAAAUGGACAAGUAGAAGGAGCAGAUAAGAAUGCUGAGGAAGAUUCUAUAGCCAGGCUUCCCGACAAACCUGGUCCUGAUGACUCAUGGUCUACAUCAUCUAGCCAAGUCUUAGAUUUCGGUACCAAGCGUACGUCUGAGAAGCCCAACAAAUAUGUUCCUCAUGUCUCUGGAGCUGUGGAUCGGAAAGGGCAAAGUAUAUUAAAUGGACAAGUAGAAGGAGCAGAUAAGAAUGCUGAGGAAGAUUCUAUAGCCAGGCUUCCCGACAAACCUGGUCCUGAUGACUCAUGGUCUACAUCAUCUAGCCAAGUCUUAGAUUUCGGUACCAAGCGUACGUCUGAGAAGCCCAACAAAUAUGUUCCUCAUGUCUCUGGAGCUGUGGAUCGGAAAGGGCAAAGUAUAUUAAAUGGACAAGUAGAAGGAGCAGAUAAGAAUGCUGAGGAAGAUUCUAUAGCCAGGCUUCCCGACAAACCUGGUCCUGAUGACUCAUGGUCUACAUCAUCUAGCCAAGUCUUAGAUUUCGGUACCAAGGAAGGAACUUCAAAGGCAGCAAUGGAAGCAAAUGAAGAUGGUGUUGGUAUUAUUGAAAAUGUGAAGCCAGAGCAAGCAGUUAAUGACAGUUUGACUUCUGCUGGUGGAGUGCAUAAAAAUUACAGAAGUGAUAUCAUGUCAGCAUUAAAAUUAGGAGAAGAGGGAGAUGUAGAACCACCUUCUCUUCCUGAGUAUCAAGUUCCAUUAAAGGUUGAAGAAAAAAAGAAGCACAGAGGAAGUGACAUGGAAGUAUCAGAAAACAUACAUGAUGCUGCGGCUGCUGGAUUAAUUCCACAAAGACAGAAUGGAAAAACUGAUAACCAUCAAUUGCCUAUUACAGAAAAUAAAGAGUCUGAUAGGAGGGAACCUGGUUUACAUAUGAAGAAGUUAAAGAAAGGUGAAAAUGAAAAAGGGACAUCAAAAGGAUCUGUGAUCACACCAGUGUUGCAGAAGGCAGAUGCCCUAACUGGUGGUCCACUACAAAAGAAUGAUGGCAGCCAUUUCAGUGAAAAGGAUCAGCAUGAAAGCAGACCUGCAAAGAAAAUUUCUAAGAAAAAGAACGAGGUCAAAAAGCAAAUUACUUCUAUGGAUGACCUUGUCGACUUCAUUCAGUCAUCUGAAACAGCUUCAGAGCAUUGUGAGUUGCCUUACUCUAAGAAUUUCAUGUUGCUGAUUGAACAACUUGGCAUGGAUUGUAAAGAUUAUGCUGUCUUCUUGAAAAUCCAAGAUAUACGUGUUUCCUAUGAGAAAUUAAGGAAACUUAACAAAAAUCACUGUAAACUUCUUAUGGGAAAAAUGACAAAAAUGGAAAAAAUGGUUAGUGCACUACAAAACGAGCUACAAGAAGCCAAAGACAUGAUAUCACGGUUAGAGCAUCAAAAAGUAGAAUGGGAACGUGAAUUCUGCAGUUUGAGAUGUACCUUAAAACAAGAAAAAGAAGAAGAAAGAAGAAAUUCUGAUAUGUUAUGUGAAAAUAUUAGGGAAAAGUUAAGAAGAAAAGAAGACGAAUAUAAGAAAGAAGUUGAAACAAAACAACAAGUUGAACUCGCUCUUAGAACGCUAAACAUGGAAUUGAAGGCCACAAAAAAUCAGGUUGUAGAAGAGCGUGGUGACACUCAGUGGCAACUUUCUCCAGAACAGAAGGCCAGAGUCUUACAAGAUGGAAGUCUAAACAAUCACUUUUGCAAGCAAAAGGAGCUAGAAAUGCCUCAUAAGAAAACUAAUUCUAAGGUAGUUGUGAGACAACUUCAACAAGAACUGGCUGAUACUCUGAAGAAACAGUCUAUGUCAGAGGCUUCCCCAGAGGUUACGUCCCAUCUUCGUCUGGAAGAUGAAACACGGGAUCUCAAGAAGAAAUUAGAUCAAAUCAGAAGUCAGUUGCAAGAAGAACAGGAACGACAUGCAGAGGCCGUAAGAUAUGCUGAGGAGAUAAAAGAUCAUGUGCAAAAGCUACAGGUUAAAAAUGCCAUGCAAGAAGCAACCAUCAAACAUCAAGCGGCCCAGAUUCAAGAUCUUGAGAGCAACGUGAUAAAGACAAGAUUGUUACAAGAAGCACAGGAACGACAUGCAGAGGCCGUAAGAUACGCUGAGAAGAUUAAAGAUCAUAUGCUAAAGCUGAAGGUUAAAAAUGCCAGGCAAGAAGAAACCAUAAAACAUCAAGGGGCCCAAAUUCAAGAUCUUCAGAGCAACUUGCUAAAGGCAAGUUUGUUGCAAGAAGCAAAGGAUCGAGAGGCAGAGGCCAUAAGACAUGCGGAGAAGAUGCUAGAAUUGCAAAAUGCCAGACAGGAAGAAACCAUCAAACAUCAAGCGGCCCAAAUUCAAGAUCUUCAGAGCAACUUGUUAAAGACAAGUUUCUUGCAAGAAGCAAAGGAUCAACAUGCAGAGGCCAUAAGAUAUGCCGAGAAGACGCUAGAAGUGCAAAAUGCCAGGCCAGAAGAAACCAUCAAACAGCAAGUGGCCCAAAUUCAAGAUCUUCAGAGCAACUUGUUAAGGACAAGUUUG